UCAUUUAUGGCAUCAUGCUGUCAAAUAAAUUCCUAUACUUUUUUUUUUAUGUUUAUUAUGGGAAUCAACAACGCAUGCAUAUACAUCUUGAUUCAGAAAAUUUACACUAAUAAUGUUUUUAGUGAAAACCGAAGUACCAUUUUUGGCUUCCUUCAUUUUUUCUCCUCCAUUUCGCAUAUGUUGUCUAUUUCGAUAAACACCAACCUGAGCAAUAAAUUCUACUUUGGGAUUAAUGGGUGGCGAAUAUGCUACUUUGUAAUAUCAUUCGUGCCGAUCCUCGUCUGUAUAUACUUGCUAGGAUUAAUCAAGCAAAAAAAAUUCAAGCGCAGCAGAAGCAAAAAUUACAGCUUCAGUUACUUGGUCUCCUUCGAUAAUAUGACGAAUGUCUGUCAGGAGAGCGAGAAGGAGGAAAACUACUGCAAAAGGGAUAACGACAAAUUGGGGGGUCUCCAGGGUGCAAGUAAGGAAAGGCGAGAGGAGAAGAAAAAGAAGAAAAAGAAGAAAGAGGAGGAGGAGGAGGGAGAAGAAAUUUUACUUUUUAACGCAGAGCAGGGUGAACACUCCAUGAAGAUGAAGGGAAAUUGUAGAGAGUCCAGUGAAGAGGUGGAAGAGGAGCAGAAUCAUCAUCAUCAUCAGGAGGAGGAGGAGGGGGAUCUCCACCUACCCUUUAGAAUGAGCAAAAGUUACGACAAUACUUAUGUGCUACAUAGGGAAGGACUAGCCAAUAUACCCCAAACGAACGAUGACACAGCCUACUUACAUAAUAAUUCGAGCAAGUUGGGCUUAAGGCACAGCGCAAGCACGAAUGAUGAUUUUAACACCAUUAGUUUAAUAUCGACCAGCGAGAGGAUAAACAGUAAUCUUAUUAAGAGAUCCUUUUGCCACAUGGCUUCGAAGAAGGCGAGUUCCCUGAAGGGUGCCGCGCUAAAUGUAGGCACCAAUAGGAGUAGCAGCGGGGCAAGUGCAUACUGUAAUAUAUCAGAUUUCCGAAGUGGCCUCAUUAUAUCCUUAAGUUGGCUCUGUGCGAGCCUAAUUUCUCCCUUCAUUGGAAUUAUUAGUGACUAUAUUUAUAAAUUGAACAAGGAUAUAAAUCGGCAACGGAUAGGUAUGUGUACGCAUUGCUUAAGGAUCAUUUUAAUGUUUACGAUGUUUUUUUUUGUGCCCAAGGAAGCGGAUUCUUUUAUAUAUUUUGUGAUAAUUUCUCUCCUUAUGGGUAUUUUAAGUGGGUGGAUAAAUAUAGGCACACAUAAGCCUAUCAUAAUUGACAUUGUCAAACAGAGACACACUGCUUUCGUCAUGGCGUUGAUGAGUGCUUUCGAGAAUAUCGGUUCUUCCAUCAUUGGUACCUUUUUUCUCUCCUUCCUUCUCAACCGAUAUAACUACAUCGACAAGAGGAAGCUCAACAAUGUCCACUCGAACGGCAGCAACGUUCACGCAAAUCUCAGCAACGUUCACGCAAAUCUCAGCAACGUCCACUCGAACGGCAGCAACGUUCACGCAAAUCUUAGCAACGUCGACGGGAGUGUCAACAAGCACAACGUCCACGUUUUGUCCGACGUCCUGCUAAUCCUGACGUGCUUCCCCUGGUUGAUAUCCUUUUGCCUCCUCUACGUGCUCAAGUUUACCUACAAGAAGGAUAAGCUGAAAAACUUAUAA